AAUUGUAGCCCCCCCCCCCCCAUUCCGAUGCCUAUGCAUCGAUUUAAAGCACCUUUAUUUUCUAUUAAAGUACCUUUAUUUUCUUUUAAAGUUACUAUGGUGAUCGAAUGAUCAAUGCAUCUAUAGAGUAACCACACCACAGGCAGUGUAAUCAUGGAUGACCAAAUAAUCAGGGAUUCCAAGUCUUUGUGCGAGAAAUUUCUCAAGAACAACUAUGAAGUACUUAUUUUGGCCGCACACAAAACGGGCACCUCAAAAACUUUCCUCGAAGGAACUGAUAAGGGAAGAAAAUUUGCAGAAAGUUUCAUCUCCCUUAUGAAUAAAUUCUCCAGCUUCUGUUAUGAAGGAACUUCCAAGUUAAGUAAGGAGGAACAUACCUAUGCCUCACAAACAUCAUUAAGGAAUGGGGUCACUGAAGUCAGUAGAACCCUUAAGAUUAAAGAAGAAAUUGAAGACCCCCCUGAAGAUCCAGAGCCCCCAGCAGUGUUUGGCAGACAUGGCCGUAAAAUCAAAGUCCCGAAAUGGAAAGAGGAUUACUACUACCCAACAGCUCCAACAAAAAGGGCACACAACUCUGACCAGGAGAAAAUCAUUCCAGCUAAAAAAUGUAUUAAAUCAAAGGACUUUGACUCCAGAAAAGAAAAUGAUGUAAAAGGGGCCACAGUGAAAGGUAGAAAACACAAGUCAAACAAUCACAAACACUCAGGAAAACCCACAGAUAAACCUAAGGGAGAUAAAUCAAUUCCAGAUGAACAGAAAAUUCAGACUCCAGAGGCCAGCAACCCAAUGUUGAUCACUGCCUACACCUGCUGUUUUUGUAGUGAAAUUUUCAGCUGUCAAGAGGACAUGGAUAAGCAUGAAAAGACUCACACUGUGAAAAUGUCUUGCCAGUUGUGUCCAGAGGUAUUUGUAAAGGCAGAGGAUAUCUUUUUUCAUUUGAAUAAAUUCCACAGCGAAAACUUCUGCUUCUGGUGCAACUUGUUCAGAGAUGAUUCAGCAGAAAUGAAGGAGCAUAAAGUCAGUUGUCCACCAGAGGGAGAAUCUAAAAGGAAGUGCCAUUUUUGCUCCACGGUCUGCAGCUUAGGGAACCAGUUUGAGGACCAUGUCAUCAAUUGUCACGGAUUGAAAGAUCAAUGGUGCUCCCAUUGUGGCAAAUGUUUUUCCUCCCUGCUUGCUCUGCAUGACCACCAGAAGGAGCACAAAUCAUCUAAAGAAAACCGGUGCGAAGAAUGCAGAAAAGACUUUGGAACAGCACAAGAUUUGAUUGAUCAUGUGAUAAAAGAACAUAUUAGUGCUGGGACUGAUACUAAAGUGUCAUCUGCUGCAGUUGAAGGAUCCUCAGUUGGAAAUAUCAACAGACAGCAAGAAAACAAUCAGGAUGAAAAUGAUGAAACUAAAUGUAGAAACAUGUCAACAGAUACUGAUGGCAAAAAAGAUCAAUCUAGUGUAGAGUCUGAUGAUGAGAAAUGUAGUGAUGAUGAUAAUGAUGAUUAUGAUGAUGGUGAUGAUGAUGAUGAUUAUAUCAAAGAGGAAGAAGAUAGUGAUUCAGAUUUUACAGAAACAACAAAUACAACCAGAAUCUCAAACAGAAAUAAGUCAACAAAAUCUGCUAAAAAUUCAAGAAAAAGGCUCCUUAGCUCAAAAUUUUUCAAGAACUCAAAGCAAAGCACAAAGAAGAGACACAGAGUGGUUAAAGAAAAAGUGAACUUGUCAAUCACAUGCAGACUAUGCAACUUAACAUUUGCAAAUAAGUACACAGAACUUAGACACCUAAUGGAAACCCAUAAAGACAACUUCUGUCUUUGGUGUGAUGUCACUUUUGAAAAUAAUACAGAACUAGAAGCACACAACAGAAUUUGCACAGACGAUUCCCAAUUAACAAGGAAAAAAUGUCACGUGUGUCCCAAAAAGUUAUUGAACAAGGAGAGAUUUGAGAGUCAUUUCACUGUAGUUCACGGACAGGAGCACCGCUGUGAGCAAUGCAGUAGCACUUUUGCUUCCAGUUACCUGUUGUUGCGUCACAAAAGAAAUCAUGGUCCAGAUGAGGAACAUCCGUGUCCCAAGUGUGCGAAGGUGUUCAAUAGGAAGAAGAACAUGGAGAAACACCUGCGAGAGGUGCAUAGAGUGAAGAGGCCAAAAAUUGUGAAAGAGGUUUUCCCAUGUGAAUGUCAUGUCUGUCAGUCUGGGUUCCACUCUAGAACUGAGCUCGCCGAGCACAUUAAAGUUUCACAUAUGGAUGAAAUCAAUGAGAAAAUUGUUGACAAUCCCAGAUUCACUAUCAACUUCCAUGAGAAUUACUUCUUGUGCAAGAAAUGUGGCAAGAACUUUCCCAAUGAAGACGAACAGGCCAUCCACUUAGCAAGCCAUCUUGGGGUUCUUAAUAAAGACACAUCAUUCGUUUGUGAUGUAUGUGGCGAUAUCUUUAUGAAGAAAAGCUUAUUCAAUGCACACAGGGCAAGGCAUUCGAGUACCAAACUAUUCCCUUGUACCAAAUGUGACAAGAAGUUCCAUGUCCGCUCGGCUCUUCAUUCCCACCUUCAGACCCACAGAACUCACAAAGACUUCGUGUGUGAUAUCUGUGGGAGCGCAUUUAAAAGCAAACCGAGUCUUAGAAUGCAUACGAAGAGGCAUAAUAUGGACCGGUGUCAUGUGUGCAAGUAUUGCGAUCAAACCUUCCGAUGCUAUGACGGUCUGAAAUAUCACUGGGUGGUGUACCAUCCUGAGGAAGUUAAGAAAAGAAAGCUGACUGUCUUUCCGUGUCCACAUUGCGAAAAGGUUCUGGCCACCAAAACUCAGCUUGAUAGGCACAUGGCCAAACAUGGCGUCAACAAAAUCCACAGGUGUGACAUCUGCUUUAACAGAUACUGUACGGUGGCGCAAUUAAAUGCUCACGUUAAAAACACCCACUCUCGCCAGGACAACAUAUUCUGCCAUGCUUGUGAUCUCUACUUUCACAUUCCAUCCAAAAUGCUCCGACACAUGAAGACACACAAACACAACGAAAACUGUUCCAAGAGGGGAAUAGAUCGUGGCCUCUUCUACGAGAUGCUGGCAAAAAUAGAAAAGGACAUGGUUGAUUCAGUUGAACUCACGCAGUACAGAGCUGCCAAGAGCAGCACUAAAUACCGUGCAUUGUAUAAGUCUAUUGGCAGGGAAGUGGCGGACUCGGAAGCAGACGCCAAGAAUGAACUAACGGGAUUGUUGCCCAGCGGUGAACCCACAGAAACAGUGACGCUGGACCUUUCCAAUGUUCAGUACAUAUCACACCUACCUAAAGAAGUUCUACAAGAAGUGGAGAUAUCUGAUCAUAACUUGAAGCCGAAUACGGAAGUGUUUGUUGUGUAUGAUCAGGGGACCGGAGGUGACGACGUCAGGAAUUUGGGCCUUGACGCCCAGGCCGUAGAGACGCUCCAGUCUAUUCUUAGUCUUAGUAACCAACAGUAAAAUCAAUUCGUGGGGGGAUGUGUUAGGUUAGCAAACUUUUUUUUCCAGUUUUUCAAAUGUCAAUCCAGCAUUUAAAAUUUCAUCUUCCAAAGUAAAGGUUUUUUUUAUUCGCACCGCGUAGGAACCCUUCACUUGGAAAGAUGUUAAAUUUGCUUUAUCACAAACUUUUUUCAAAUGAUAAAAUCAUUUAAAUCUUUGUAUAUUUUUAUAUUUCUGUUGUAAUUCUUUUUUCUCACCUGCAUUUAGUCUUAAUGAGCGAUUUGUUUUGCAUAUCGUUACUUCAAUGUAACAAUUCAGUUUUAAUUUAAAAACGGAACAGUAUUUCAAUGUUAUUCACGAAUACAUAUACUCAUGUGUAUGCCAACUAUUCUUCAUUAAUAAAAGUUAACAAGAAAACCGAACAA